AAAUAAAAGAGGAAAAAACGAAGACAAAAUCAGACAUGAACAUUUCGUCGUUGAGACCAUUCUCGUUCUUUGUCAUCUUCGCACUUCUUCCUUUGAUUAUCAUCGCCAUCGCCAUGUCUGAUUCAACACCCAAACCCAUCGAUUCCGAUUCUUCAUCUUCUUCCGCUCCUGCUGUUCACAUCAUCUACACCGAGAAGCCACUGGAAGAGGAGCCUGAGUCUUAUCACAUCCGAACCCUCACUGCGGUUCUUGGCAGUGAAGAGGCUGCAAAGGAUGCUUUGUUGUACAGUUAUAAGUCUGCAGCUAGUGGUUUCUCUGCUAAGCUUACUCCUCACCAAGUUGAACAAAUUUCAAAACAACCAGGUGUUCUUCAAGUUGUUCCAAGCCAGACAGUUCAGCUCCAUUCAGGACCAAAUAAGCUGCACUAGAGAAUCUAUCUUCAUUUGAAGAGGAAUGUGGGUCCAAACUGUUGACUAUAUAUCUUGUAUGAACUCACCCAAAAAUAUUAUCUAUACCAUGUAUAAACAAGUUUGGCUCAGACUGCGCUAUAUCAAUAAUAACAUGGCUUUAUAAUAUAUUGUUAAUAUUUUGGAUGCA